AUGGCGAUCAUUCCGAUAAACCCGGUCUGUUUCUGGUUUCCCCUUGGGUCGGCUUGGCCCGCAUUUCCUGCGACCAAUCCCGGCCUCUCCCACUCGGUGCAGGGCCCUACCCGACCCGGCCUCAGGGUUCUCGUGUCGUGCAAACCAGCCUGGGAUCAUGUUUAUCUUGACAAAUGCGGCGGCGGCCCUGCCUUUCGCUACCACCUUCUCGGCUGCAGAUGUCUUUCCCCUCUCUUUAUCUGCCUGCUAUUUCGUCCCGACUCAUUAGACACCGGACGGCCACGUUGUUCGCCCACCCCUACACUUUGGUUUGAUCUUUUAUCAGGUGAGGUGCAUCUAGACCGUCUGUAG